UGCCCGCCACCGCCAGUCCGCCGCCGGCCGUCUCGCGCCCCGCUCGUCUGUGCUGCGCUCCACGUCUCGCGAGUGUUCCCGAGUGAUGUCGACUUGUGACUAGUGCCAUGAUCGUGCUCCGUUGUGCCCUGGUCGCGGCGCUGCUCGCCCUCGCCGCCGCCGCCUGGCAGGAGAACGUCAGGCCCAAAGUCUUCGCGCAAUUAGGGGUCGACGACACACACAAGUUCCUCGGCAAUGAGACUCACACAGACUACUUCAGGUUAUUAUUGAGGGACGGGAACUACUUAUUAGUCGGCAGCAGAAACGUGGUGUAUAACCUAAGCCUGACCGACCUGACGGAGCAGCGCCGCCUCGUGUGGUACUCUCCGCCCAACGACGUGCAGAUGUGCGUCGUCAAAGGAAAAGAUGAGGAGAGCUGUCAGAACUACAUCCGCGUGCUAGUCUCGCUUGGUCCGGGACGGUUGCUGGUUUGCGGCACCAACAGCUUCAAGCCGUUCUGCAGGGAGUACAGUGUGCAACGCGACUCCUACCACAUGGAGAGAGAGAAGUCCGGCCAAGCAGUCUGUCCCUAUGACCCGGACCAUAACUCCACCGCAGUCUAUGCUGAUGGUGAAUUAUAUUCGGGUACAGUCGCUGACUUCAGUGGUAUGGAGCCAAUCAUAUACAGGGAACCUUUACAAACAGAACCAUAUGAUUCAAUGACGUUAAAUGCUCCCGACUUCGUGAACUCCUUGGUGCAUGGUAACUUCGUGUAUUUCUUCUUCCGGGAGACCGCCGUUGAAUACAUCAACUGUGGCAAGGCGGUAUUCUCAAGAGUAGCUCGCGUGUGCCGCGACGACCGUGGUGGGCCACAUCGCUUCAAGCAGCGAUGGACAUCAUUCCUUAAGUCGCGGCUUAACUGCUCCGUUGCUGGCGACUUUCCGUUUUAUUUUAAUGAAAUACAGUCUACAACAGAGUUAAUAGAGGGUGUGUACGGAGGACUGAACGCUCAGCUGAUAUACGGCACGUUCACAACGCCACCUAACAGCAUCUCUGGUAGCGCGGUCUGCGCUUUCAGUAUGCAAGACAUCGCUGACACGUUUGAGGGAACAUUCAAAGAACAAAGCGCGAUCAACUCAAACUGGUUACCUGUUAAUAGCGCUAAGGUUCCUGAACCUCGUCCGGGCACGUGCAACAACGACUCGCGGCAACUGCCGGACCAGACAUUGAACUUCAUCAAGACACACGCCCUCAUGGACGAGUCCGUCCCCACGUUCUUUGGCGAGCCGAUAGUCAUUAGAACGAGUUUUCACUACAGAUUUACGCAAAUAGCUGUAGAUCCUCAAGUGAAGACACCAGGGGGAAAGGCUUAUGACGUGUUAUUUAUUGGCACAGACAAUGGCAAAAUAAUAAAGGCAAUAAACGCUGUAUCGUACGACUCGAACAAGCGCGCAGUGCCAGUCGUGGUGGAGGAGCUGCAGGCGUUCGGUGCGGGGUCUCCGGUGCGCGCGCUGCGUGUCGCCCGCGCCGGCCGCGACGCCGCCCGCCUCAUCGCAGUCUCCGACCGCGAGGUGCUCAGUCUGCGCCUGCAUCGCUGCUCCAGCGACAAGAUCAGCUCCUGCUCAGAAUGCGUGGCGCUGCAGGACCCGUACUGUGCGUGGGACAAGCAGGCUGGCCGCUGCCGCGCCUACUCGCACGGUGUCAGCCGCUGGCUUGAUGACACCGCCUUCUACCAGAGCGUCAGCACCGGCAGCCACGCCGCCUGCCCACACAGUAAAGACGCGAGUGCAGUAGGCGGGCUGAGCUCGGGCCUGUACGAUGACGCGCGCGGAGAGAGCAAGGGCGAGGUCAUCAACAUUGUGCAGGAUAAGGACGGGAAAGGGAGCACCAACAAUAACGAAGGUCCCGAGGUGCUGGCAGCAGAUCCAGUGCCAGCUGCGUACUCUGUGGAGACGCUGGCGCUGGCGGUGGCGGCGGGCGCGCUGUGUGCGCUGGGCGCGGGCUUUGCCGCCGGCUACCUGUGCGGCCGCCGCUGCCGGAAGGAUGAAGACGACAAUAUGCCCUACCCCGACACUGAGUACGAAUAUUUCGAGCAACGACAGAAUAUUAACAGAAUCCAAGCAGAACCGAAGCUUCUGCAGCAAGUGGAAGAGGUGACGUACGCGGAGCCGGUGCUGGCGCCGCAGCCGAAGCCGGCGUCACCGCGAGCCACCCUGCGCAAGCACGCGCCGUACCACGCGCCGCACACGCACCCCAACAUGCACGCGCACCCGCACCACGAGACACUCUUCCAGUUCCAGCCCGACAACUACCGCCGCGACAACUUCGGCACUCUGCGCUCUCAUCAGGUCAAUGGCGACGGCUACCGGCGCGGCAACGACAACGGCUUCUCGACCACGCGCUCAGUGAAGAAGGUGUACCUCUGAGAAACGAGCGGGGCGGACGCGCGCGACACCAUGCACCAGCACAAGCAUAAUGCGCACCACCAUCAUACCUUGGUGUCGCAGCGCAGCAGCGGCUCGGGUUCGGGCUCGGGGUCCGGCAGCGGCGGCGGCUCUUCAUCGUCGCCCUCGCCGCCCUCCUCCUCGCCCUCGCCCUCGGGGGAG